UCCCAUUGCCUCCCAUCCCACACCCUGCCACUCUCCCCUCCUUACUGUCUCUUACUAUCUGCGUGUUGCUCAUUUCGUUCUCGUAGUGCUCAUAGCUACUUGAUAGAUCCUGGGCUAUCAAUCCACCAGCAUCUCGACACCGUCUCUGCCUUGUCGUCGAAUCCGUUCGUUCAGCAGCCAUCAUGAGUCUGAUGUGGGUUGCCGUCGCCAGCCUCACAGGGCUGGAGGCGUUGCUUCUCUUCCUCGUCACCUUGCCGCUCCCUCGCUCCCUCACGUCUCGCUUCGUUCCGCUAGUUCUCGCGGCUUUACAGCCGCUCCUGGCGGUGGUGCCGUUUUGCCUCUUCUUCCUACUCGACGUGUAUUGGAAGUAUGAGUUCCGCAUGGACUGCAGGGGCGGAGCCUGCACGUCUGCGGACCGCGACAGAUACCAGAAAUCCGUCAUUAAGAGCCAGCGCAACUUCAUUCUCGGUGCAUUCGGCAUCUACCUCUACUGGGUGCUGUACCGCUUCUGCAUGCUGAGCAUCAAGGUGAACCGGCUGGAGGCGCUCAUCCCCGCCGACAAGGCCAGGAGGGUUGCUCCCAAGGACGCAACCAAGGAGGCGUCCAAGGAACAGUAGCAACGGUUGCACCUGCAGUGGCAGCACCUGCAGCAGCGGCAAUGGAUGCAGCAAUGGUAGGAUCAGGGGUUCAGGAACAGUUGCGGAGGCCCAAGAAUCGAAGGAUAGGUCAUUGUAGCUCGGGUAUCGGAGCAAGUUUGCAGGGUACAUUAGCUUGUAGGGAAGCUUGGGGUUCAGUGCUGGAAGGAGUUCAGUGCUGCAACAGGCUUUCAGGGUUAGGUGGAUAUGCUAUGCUGUGAUGCACAGGGGUUUCCCUGGGCUUGUACCGGACAUGAUGUGUCCCCCUGCAUCAUUGGGUGCAUGCUGGUUCUCUCCACAUGGCUGGCUGUAGUUCUCAACGUAGGAUUGAAUGAUCUCUCAUUUUUCAUAUGUUUGACGGUAGUACCGUAGUCGAUAACUGUAUUCAGUGUUUACUUUCAUGCAUAACUCCU